CCCUCUCUUCCAUUAUUGAAGAAUUUGCAUGUCGAAGAACGAAAACAUUCAAUCAAAACAUUCUGUCUCAGAUUCUAUGCCAUUGACCACAGAAGAACCUAUUCGACGACCUUGGUUAGUGGAUCAACUCAAAGAUAUCAAUCUAGUGGAUUCGGCGGAUUCAACCCAAGUGGAUAAUACAUUAGUACAACAGGAUGAAAUGUCCAACAAUAAUAACGAAGAAGACUAUGAUAAUAAUGAUGAUGAUGAUGAUGAAUCGGAUGAUGAAUUACGAAGAAUUACUGAAGCCAAUCGUCAUAUUAACAUCAACUCUACCAAAGACAACAAUAACAACAAUAAUAAUAAUCAUAACAACAACAACAACAACAAGAAAAGGGAAAGAUCCAUCUCCACUCAUGAUCCUGGUCUUCGCAAACUUUUGGUCUUUGCUGAUCCCUCUACCAACAAGGUGUUUCAACAACCUGAUCGAAAGGUGGUCACGAUGAUCUAUGGUGCUGGGCCUCAAGAAGAAGAAGAGGAAGAAGAAGAAGAAGAACGUUACCGACGUCGAUAUCUCGUUGCUUGUGAUUUUAGCCAUGAAAGCCUGCAUGCUAUGGAAUGGACCAUGGGGACUAUGUUACGUGAUCAUGAUGAACUUCAUAUUGUCACUGUAUCCAAUCGUGAAGAUAAUCCUGACAUUGUUAAUCAAUCUGGCAUGAAUAUGGAAAGUGAAAUUGAAACUUCCUUGAAAGCGAUUGUAGACGAAGCAACAAAACGAUUAUCAAAAAUGAUGUUAUAUGAUAUCAAGUUGGUGUGUUAUUCUGUGGUUGGCAGAGUCAAGGAUGUAUUGAAAUCUUUGAUUCGAAGCCUUUCAUUAACAAUGGUUGUGUGUGGUAGUCGAGGAAGAGGGACAAUGAAAGGGUUACUGAUGGGAUCCGUUUCCACCUAUUUAGUGCAUAAAAGUCUUGUACCAGUUGCAGUCAUUCAACCUCAAAAGAAAAAGAAAAAAGAAAUCCGGCAUACAAUCACAGCCACCCCUCUCAGUGAAAGUGUGAAAUCUGGUCAAUUACAUGUGGAUGAAUUGAAUUAGAUGAUAGUUUUCUUCCCUCUUUUGUACAAACUACGCCGACUACUUUUUUAUUAUCUUUUUUUUUGGUUUUGGAUCAAAUAAACUUCCUGUUUUUGAAAUGAAUUGAUAUUAACAUUUCUUUUGUUUGAUUACUGUUUGAUUGAUUAGUAAAAUAUUUAGUUACGAUUUGUUUGAUCUAUGCGGAAGGCGGACUUCACUGGUUGGUCUACAAGAUUUGUUUUGCUCACUAUUGGAUGAAGAUUUUAAUCAUUCUUUCAAGCAGGUCAUACUAUCCAUAAAUUAUCAUUUUUAUUAUCAAACAUCGUUAGCAUCACUAUUUCCAAUUCAAGAUCUUACGAUAUCAUGGAAGAUAAC